UGAAUUAUUAGUAUUAAAACUCUUGGUCAUGUUUUAUAACAUGCUUCAAUCUCUCAGGAAAAGGAAUUGAUUAUUAUUCAUUCUGAAUUUCAAUAACUGAUAGUUCUAUGAGAGUAAAUAUAAUAACAAAUUGUAAGUUUUUGAAAUUUGUCAGUGAUCUCAAGUUGGAAACUUUGUUUUUAAUUUGAAACAAUUAUUCUACAUCAAUUCAAUUUAAAUGUUACAAUUUAGUCUGUGGAACAUAAACUAAAAACAGUGUAGAAGCUUUUAUCAAAGUUCACUAUUUUUCGUUUGACCUCCAGUUUUGAAUAUUGAAAUCAUGGCUUACCAACGCCAAACCUGGCAAGUUAACGAAUCUGGCAUUCUAAGGAAAAAAGAUGAACCCGAAGAGGAGCUUCUAGUGUUCGGUUACGCUUGUAAACUUUUCAGAGACGACGAGAAGGCGCUUUAUGUAGACCAAGGCAAGCACCUGAUACCUUGGAUGGGGAACGAGUCGUUGAAAAUCGAUAGAUACGAUGUGAGGGGUGCCGUCUAUGAUUUGUCACAGUUCGAGACCGCUGGCGGUCAGAGCGAGGAGCCGCUUUGGUUCAAUUUGUCCCAGGAGGAAUUGAAGAUAGAGCAGAUGUGCGAUGAGGAACGGUACAGAGCUUUGACGCAUAACGAGGACGAGGAAGCUUUAUAUCAGGAGGAGGAAUUGAAACGUUUACACCAAGCUUUAGGUAGCGACAAAGCUUAUGGACAGGUAUCCUACAAAUAUGACGAAGAAGUGGAGGGAGGUGGUGAUAAAAACGGGGAGGAAGAUAAGGGGGAGGAGUCGAGCAACGAUAAAGAACUAGACGAACCCUUCAAGCCGCCUGUAGAACUGGACCUCCCCCAGGGUAUGGUGAUACCGGAAAGUGUCAAUAACGCCAUCAUCGAGAAAACCGCCAUGUUCAUAGAUCGGCAAGGCUCUCAGAUGGAAAUCGUGUUGAAAAUCAAACAGUCUAACAACCCUCAGUUUCAGUUUUUGUCGCUGAACUCACCCCUACAUCCUUAUUAUCGGUUCUUGUUGUCUGCUAUUAAAACCGGAAGGUACAAACCUGUGAUACCUGCAAGUGGAGGGGAUGGUGGUAGUAACGAACAAGAAAAUUCUCAACAAAAUAACAGUAACAGUUAUUAUUUGCAUGGGAGUUUAGCGGGGACAAGUAGUAACGUUGAUGUAGCUCCAGUGAUUCCCACAAUUAAUUAACCGUCAGCUGAUUGUGCGUAUUCCAUGUUGGUGAAUAAAAUCAAGGGUAAUCAGAGUAAAUUUUUAGGUGCUGCUGCAGAAACUGUAGCCAACUCCAGGGAGGAAAGUAACAGUAACAGUUACGAUGGGGUAGCAGCGAGUAGUGAGGAGCGGGUACCAGUUACUAGGGUACAGGAGGAGUUGGAGGAGGAUUCUAAAGGGUCGUUGAGUCCGGUCACUCGACCAUCUAGGCCUCCUAAGAGGAGAAGGAGAAAAAGACAGCAAGGAGCUUGUGCUUAUUAUGACCCCGUGGAACAAGAUAUGGAGAACCCAGUUUUUGAAGGACCUGUCAUGGAGGAGGAAACAGUGAUGUAUUGUGAGCCACCACCUCCUCUCCAAGUAUCUGUUCCAGUUCCUGAGGUGGAAGUAGCGGUAACAGUUCCUCCCGCGCCGACACUACCGGUGAUUGAUUUACCCCCAGCAGAUCUGCAACUAAUUAUUGAUAAAAUGGCAAGCUAUGUUGCGAAAAACGGCAGGGAUUUUGAGAGUAUAGUGCGGAGUAAAGGUGAUCCCAGGUUUCAUUUUUUGAAUCCCAGUAACCAGUUUUAUAAGUACUAUUCGAGGCAGGUGGGACAUUAUGAAAGUUUGUUGAAACCGAGUGCUAGUGAAGUGGUUCCUGAGGAGCCACAAAAUAGUUGUGAAAAAGUGGAGAGUUUUGAUGACACGUCCUGUGAUUCGCUGAAGAAGGAUGUUGCUGUGAAAAGUGACGGAGUGCAGAAAAAAGUGGGCGGAGUGUCAAAACCGUUGCCGGUUUGUUUUUCCAUAAAAAAACCGAAAGAAAGUGAAGGUUUGGAGAUAAAAAGUGCGCUACCUGUUGAGGAGAGUUCAGAAGGUGAGGAGGAUGAGGAAAGAGAAGAAGGAGGGGAGGAGAAGGAAGUAAGGGAGGAGAAAGUUGUUGUGGAAAACGUAGUGAGAGUUACAGAAGUUGUGGUGAUUCCAGAGGUAAAAAUUCUGGAGGAACAAGUUAGGGGGAAGGGGGAGAAGUUGCUGAUGAUUGUAGAGAAGAAACCCGUGGAGAAGAAGAUUAAAGUGGUGGAGAAAGAGAAGUUGGUCCAGGUGGGGAGAGAUAAAGAGAAGAUGUCAGGGAAAGAAAGAGAGAAGACGAAGCUAGUGGAGAAGGUGAAGGUGUUGAGGAAAGAGAAGGAGAAAAUUGCGGCGAAAGAUAAGGAGAAAGUUGUGGGAAAAGAUAAAGAGAAAAUGGUGGGAAA